AUGGCUAUCCUAGUCCCCUCCAUAACGUGGACGUACGCGACAGUCCUAUAUUUGAGCGUCACAACUAUCUUGUCAUUGCUUACCUCAAUCAUCCGCCUGCAGACUUACAAUGCUGUCAAAUCACAAAAUCCGGAAAUCUCCUUUUCAGAGAUCGUGGUUCCGGUUCUUCAGUUAGUGCCGAGCAGGGUGUGGUACUAUCCUUGGACUUUGUUGACAGAAAGUUUUGUGGAGACAUCUGUGUUCAAGUUUUUGAUUGCCGUCGCAGUGUUCUACUUUGGCAUCAAUUAUUUGGAAAAGCACUGGAACCUCAACAACGAGAAUAAGAUAUUUUCUGAGACGGUAUACUACAUCACCAUAGUCACAGCGGCAACCAAUGUGAGCACAGUCCUCCUUGAGCUGCUAUUUCACAUAUUGUCAUUUCAGUCUGCGAAGCUUACAGAGCCGGUGAACCACGGCGUUUACUCUCUUAUAAUGAGUUUCGUGGUGGUACUCAAACAACUGUCUCCUGAGCACAAUCUUAAAAUAUUUAAAACAGUGUCUAUUCGUCUGAGGCAGUUACCGUUUAUUCUACUUUGUGCGUCAGUUAUUGUUUCUCUUAUUUUAAGGUCGUUGGUGCCAGUUGUGCCUAUGUUUAAUAAUUUCUAUGUCAGCUGGGUUUAUUUGCGCUAUUAUCAAAUUAACACACUUAGCGAUCUGCUUCCUUCCAACAAUACCCGUUCGAUGGUGAGAGGAGACGCGUCGGAUACUUUUGCAUUCGUUCAGUUCUUUCCUGCUGGUUUGCACAAGGUGCUGAAACCAUUGUGCCGAGCAUGCUACCACACCUCUGCACUGCUAGGAAUUAUAAGACCGUUCAAUGAUGACGAUAUCGAGUCCGGAAACUUGAGGACAAUCAAACGACUCAAUACACAGACAACAACAGUCACUCGCGAGAUUGCAGACAGAAGAAGACAGAUAGCUCUCCAGGUGCUGGGAGAGCGAGUGAAUGCAAAUCCGUCAGGAAAUGGUCAAGGGGUCUGA